AUGGAUGUGCUCAGCCCCUUACAGGGCAACAACACCACGUCGUCCCAGGGUCCCUUCGGGACACACGCCAACGCUACUGGCAUCUCCGACGUGACCUUCAGCUACCAAGUGAUCACCUCUCUGCUGCUGGGCACGCUCAUCUUCUGCGCGGUGCUGGGCAAUGCGUGCGUGGUGGCCGCCAUCGCCUUGGAGCGCUCCCUGCAGAACGUGGCGAACUAUCUUAUAGGCUCGCUGGCCGUCACAGACCUCAUGGUGUCGGUGCUGGUGCUGCCCAUGGCCGCGUCGUACCAGGUGCUCAACAAGUGGACUCUGGGACAGGUCACCUGUGACCUGUUCAUCGCCCUCGACGUGCUGUGCUGCACCUCGUCCAUCCUGCACCUGUGCGCUAUCGCGCUGGACAGGUACUGGGCCAUCACAGACCCCAUCGACUACGUGAACAAGAGGACGCCCCGGCGCGCAGCUGCACUCAUCUCGCUCACCUGGCUCAUUGGCUUCCUCAUCUCCAUCCCGCCCAUGCUGGGCUGGCGCACCCCGGAAGACCGCUCGGACCCCGACGCGUGCACCAUCAGCAAGGACCACGGCUACACUAUUUACUCCACCUUCGGCGCUUUCUACAUCCCGCUGCUGCUCAUGCUGGUUCUCUACGGGCGCAUCUUCCGAGCCGCGCGAUUCCGCAUCCGCAAGACAGUCAAGAAGGAGGAGAAGAAGGUAGCCAACAACCGCCUUGGGGCGUCGCCAGCCCCGCAGCCCAGAAAGAGCGUAAAUGGUGAGCCGGGUAGCAAAGACUGGAGGCAGGGCAUGGAGAACAAGGCAACAGGGGCUCCGUGCGCCAAUGGAGCCGUGAGGCUGGGCGAAGAAGGCGCCGCCCUGGAGGUGAUCGAAGUGCACCGGGUGGGCAACUCCAAAGAGCACCUGCCGCUGCCCAGCGAGGCCGGUGCUGCCCCCUGCGUCCCCGCCCCCUUCGAGAAGAAAAAUGAGCGCAACGCCGAGGCCAAGCGUAAGAUGGCCCUGGCCCGCGAGAGGAAGACGGUGAAGACGCUGGGCAUCAUCAUGGGCACCUUCAUCCUCUGCUGGUUGCCCUUCUUCAUCGUGGCCCUGGUCCUGCCCUUCUGCGAAAGCAGCUGCCACAUGCCCACCCUGUUGGGCGCCAUAAUCAACUGGCUGGGCUACUCCAACUCUCUGCUCAACCCUGUCAUUUACGCCUACUUCAACAAGGACUUCCAAAACGCAUUUAAGAAGAUCAUCAAGUGCAAGUUCUGCCGCCGAUGA